UAUCUCCUUCUCUGACUAAACUCAUGACGACGAUUACGUUUGUUUUCUUCUGUCCAAAUUCCAAAAUCAGUAUUAUAAUGUUACAUAUUUAUGUGUAAUUUGUUACAAUAAUGUUAAAUUAUGCGACUUAUUGGACACAUUGUAAAGGUACCCUCAAAACAAAAAACAUUGUCCAUGGCACUGGAUUGAUCUCUCCAACUUCUCAUUUCUCAUACCCUUUGGUUAUUCAGUAGUAACAUCUUUUGUCCCGACUCCCUGUAGUUAAUUCUUGAGUAGUUAGGGUUCAUUUAAUUGUGUAGAGAGAGUUCUGGUGUUUCUAGUACUGCUCAGUAGUUAUGGGAAAGUAAAGAAUUUCAAAUUCAACUUUAAGGUGAGUAAGAAGAUAUCCCUUUUAGAACAUUUAUCAAGAGCUAAUGCUGCUGCUAGGGUUCUUCAAGAUAUUGCAACCAAGUGGGGAUCAAAGGUCAGCGUUGGUGGUAUCUAGUGUGGAAUUGCAGUUCUCCUCAGUGUGGUUCGACUUUUGCCUCUAAUGGAAGUACUAAAUGGGGAUGCACUUAAGGACUACAUCCCUUCAUCUUCCAAAUUCAAAUGGAGGAUUGAGAAAGUUUCUGAAUUGAACCAGGAAGAUCAUUUCUCGCCUACGUUCUUCGUAGGUCAUUGUAAAUGGCGAUUGCUGGCUGUCCGCAGGGGGAGCAAUGUGGAUGAUUACUUAUCGGUCUACGUAGUUGCUGACGGGUGGACGGAAUCCCGAUAUGCGAAAUUCAGUUUGUCUGUUGUUGGUCAAGCCAAUAAUACAUUCAAGAAAGAUACGGAAGGCCAGAUACUCCAUUUCACAAAAGAGGAAAAUAAUUGGGGUUUUGAUGAGUUUAUACGGUUCAAUGAACUUACCCAUCCUACCAAUGGAUACAUUGUUAAUGAUGCUUGCAUUAUUGAAGUCGAACUGUGUUCGUUUUCAAAACAAGAUUCCAAAGAGGAGUUGGUGCCCGUGGAGUUCAUAGAAGUAGAAUCUCACCAUUCUGGUAUGGAGUUUCCAUAUGAGAAAACCAAGAAGAGAAAGGAGCUAGAGGAGGACAAUGUUUCAUCUGUUCCAAGAAAGCGGCCUGCAGUUGAUAGAGCUAAGCCGAAAGAAGAAGAAAAAGCUAUAGAAAGUGGCGAGGAAGCUAUCCAAGAUGAAGAACAGGUUAUAGAGAGUGGCGAGGAAGCUAUCCAAGAAGGAGAACUAGUUAUAGAGAGUGGCGGGGAAGCUACCCAAGAUGCGGAUCAAGUUAUAGACAGUGGCGGGGAAGCUAGCCAAGAUGUGGAUCAAGUUAUAGACAGUGGCGAGGAAGCUACCGAAGAUGCAGAACAAGUUAUAGACAGUGGCGAGGAAGCUACCGAAGAUGCAGAACAAGUUAUAGACAGUGGCAAGGAAGCUAUCCAAGAUGGAGAACAAGUUAUAGACAGUGGCGAGGAAGCAGUCAAACAUGGAGUUACAGGAAAGUGGCUGGGAGAAGGCCGAAGGUUUAGUAGAAGGUUAAGGGCUGCGCGGGAAGAAGAAAAAGCUGCAGGAAGUGGUGGAAUCCUAAAUGGAAAAGAAGUUGCAGAAAUUGGUAAGGAGAAUAAAAUGACCAUAGAUGAGAGCACGUCAUCAGAAAAUAGUGAAUCCGAGAAGCAACCUGCAAAAAGUGCCAAAAAGACUACAAAGAAAAAAGUUUCUAAAGCUAUAAAAAGUGGCAAGGAAGCUACCCAAGAUGGAGAACAAGUUAUAGAGUGUGGCAAAGAAACAAUCAAACAUGGAAAACAAGUUAUAGAAAAGUGGCCGGGAGAAAGCCGAAGGUUUAGUAGAAGGAUUGCGGGGAAAGAAGAAAAAGCUGCAGGAAGUGGUGAAAUCCUUAAUGGAAAAGAAGCUGCUGAAAAUGGUAAGGAGAAUACGAGGAUCAUAGAAGAGAGUACGUCAUCAGAAAAUAGAGAGUCCGAGAAACAACCUGCAAAAAAAGCAAAAAAGACUCUAAAGAAAAAAGUUUCUAAAGCAAAUAAAGGGAAGGUACUAUCACAACCAUCGAAAAAAGGGACAUUCAGAGCAGGGUUCACCUGUUUAUGGUCCCUCAUAAAGAGAAUUUACGAAACUGAAAAGUUGAGUUUCAGCAAAGAACAGUUGAAAGUGAUACAGAGUUAUCCAUUUGGGAAUAUUUUUAUGGCAGUCCAUGAAACAAGAGAUACUCAUUCUAAAUAUCAUUGGCACAAGACACCAGAUGCUUGCAACAAAAUGCUGAAAUGGUACGUCAGAGGACCUGGAAAGAAAGAGCAUUAUUUUGUGUUUGAGCAUAGAGGGAAAGAAUAUAAAUUGAUAUCGACAUCCGAAAAACUCGCCGUGAUAUUUGGAAUGCCACAUUUGGAAGGAAGGGAGGAAUUCGUAACAACAUUUGAUAAGUCGUACUUAGAAACUACUUACUUUGCAAGUUCAACAACAAUAACGAAACUUAUGUUGGAGAAUCACAUUGUAAGGUUAGUGAAAUCUGGUGAGAAGAAUGAAGAUCUGGUAAGGCUGAUUGGAGCAUACAUGUGCCAAACUUUGUUCUUCACAACUCAAGAAGGGUAUAGGUUGAAUAAACAACAUCUUAAACUCCUUGGUAGUCCUGAGAAGAACAGCUUGUCGUGGCCAGAUUUGAUUCAUGAUCACUUAAUGGAAAGCAUUGAUGAGCAUAAAGAUGAUAAAUCUAGAGUGAAUGGAUGCGUAGUAUAUCUGUUGAUCUUGUUCGCCGAGCAUAUAAAGAGCGGGGUUCAGAAAACCCCGAUUGCUCAAGGACUUCCUAGACUUGCUAGGUGGAACCUCAAGGAUAUUUCCAAUGCUAUACAAACAGAUUUCGAGAGUCUUGAGAUAUCUGAGAAUUUCAUUGAAGCAUACUCCGACUCAGAAAAACAAAUAUUGAAUAGCACGAGAAUGCAGCAACCGCAGCAAGAUGAACUACUGCCUUGUGAAGCGGAACAACAAAAUGAAGUUGUUGUUAUGCAGGAAGAGGUACAAUCAACAACGCUGCAAGGAGAUGGAGGAGUUGCAAAUGUUGAUCAAGACGAGCUACUCGUACUCGAAAAGAAAUAUGAUGAUCUGAGAAUGUCAAUAAAGAAAAAGUGGGAUAAGAAGGAAAUGAAGAAGUCGAAUGCGAAAACUGUGCAUUAUGAAGUUGAAGAACUCUUGAAUGAGUUAUACUUUCAAGCUUACCCAGAUGAGAAGAAAAAGAAAAGCAAAAUGAGUUCGUACUAGUUUCUAGAAAGAAAAAACAACUGUUUGUUAACGGAAUGUUUUGUAUUAUGAAAGGAACCAAAUUCUGUAAGAUUUCAGUGACACCAUUAACAAGAAUUCCCUCCAGUUUUUUGUGCA